UAAAAAAGAAAAUCGGAAAUCAAGGCCGAGUUUCCGCUUUAACCAAUAAUUAAUCUUCUUAAAUUGAAAAUUACUAUAAAACUAAACAAAGAAAAAUUAGAUUAUUUGCCAAAUUUAUAGGAUUGGAUCGCAGCUCCUGUGAAGCAAACAAGGCGGAGAUAGCUUCCAAUUUCCAUGCUUUAUAUGAAAUUACGUGAAUAUUCUUUGGAUAUCACCUUCCCAACCUCGUGGAUCUCGUGGGCGACUCAGAAUUUUGCACAGGAAUCUUCCCCCUACGUUUUGGGAGUUGGGAAUUUCCCAAAUCGGCAAUUUCUAGGGUUUAUGCUGCAACUGUGAAUGUUGGGGUCUUGGGUGUGAGGGGCAUUUGGGGAUCGUUAUGUUGUUGUUGAGAAGGCAAGGCGUCGAUCGCUUCCUCUUCGCAAGCUCAAAGCACCGACCUUUGCUCCUCCAUCGCUGCCAGCACUUUACAGGGGCCAUGGCGGCUGCUUUUAUGGGUAGCCAUAGUGGAUGCAGUGGGUUUCAUUCCCAAGCUCAAUGGCCGCCGUCCCAUUUUUCCGCGGACCAUUCUUGCAAGUUUGCCAAUUUUCCCGGGAAAGCUGGUACUUUACCUGGGAAUCUGAGGAAUACAAGCAUUGGGUGCAAUUUUGCUGUGAAGGGGUGCUUGCAAUCUCAGCAUCAUCCCCACCAUCAGUCUCAUGGCAGCAUUAAGCGUCAUCCCAAUGCUCAGUUGGUUCGUGAUCAUGAACUGGAGCUCCGCAGCCCGGAUGCUGUUGGAUUGGCCUCCUCAAAUGGUUGCCAGGAGCACGGAGGCCGGUCCAGAAUCCCACACCAUCCUCUGCCCGGUGGUAAAAUCAUUGUCGCAGUCGAUGUGGACGAGGUAUUGGGAAACUUUGUCUCGGCUCUCAACCGGUUUAUUGCCGAUCGUUACUCCUCCCACCAUUCAGUUUCAGAGUACCAUGUGUAUGAGUUCUUCAAGAUAUGGAACUGUUCACGUGAUGAAGCCGAUAUUCGUGUUCAUGAGUUCUUUAAAACAUCAUAUUUCAAGACCGGGAUCCACCCACUCCCAGGUGCUCAGGAGACUAUUCAUAAGUUGUCAGAUUUCUGUGACCUGUCAGUUGUGACGUCUCGGCAGAAUGCAAUUAAGGACCACACCAUUCAAUGGAUCGAACAACAUUUUCCAGGGCUCUUUCAGGAGAUUCACUUUGGCAACCACUUUGCUUUAAAUGGAGAGUCCAGAUCUAAGUCAGAAAUAUGCAGGUCCCUGGGAGCAAAGGUUCUAAUUGAUGACAAUCCAAGAUAUGCACUUGAAUGUGCCGAGGUGGGGAUCAGAGUUCUACUUUUUGAUUAUGAGAACUCAUAUCCUUGGUGCAAGACCGAGGCUAUUGAUCAACACCCCCUGGUCACCAGGGUUCAUAACUGGGAAGCAGUCGAGAAGCAGCUGAUGACAAUAAAUAGCAUAAAUUCUUAGUUUUUCUUACAACCCAUUACAAGAUUGGCUGCCAAUUUGUCAAGGUAUGUUGAUAACAUGGAGUGCAUCAGAAGGAUGCUACAGAAAAUAUCGUUGAUGAUCUCUAUUCUUUGGUUUGGUUACCGGACCAAAUAGGGUUGUCCGGUGAAAGUUUUAGUAGGACAAUUGUGAGAAGUGAUAAUAUCAUUACCCCCACUUCUGGAUAGGGCUUGGUUCCCAAGUUGUAAAUACGGAUGAUGUCGAAAAUUCUCGAAUAAUCCAAAAUUUUCCAUUAUUUAUUUGUGACCUUGCAUUA